UUUCGAAACUUUUCCCUUCGAGCAAACCUUACGGUUUAAGUAACCGAGAGCAAAACUGUCACUGAAAUCAUUCUUGAGUUAUCCAGAAGGUAUAAUUGUACAAGUUAUCGAAUGUUGACUACCACAUUGUAUCGACUGACAGACGCAGCUAACAAAGCAGCCCUCGGGCUUUCCCCUGUAGAUAUUUCAACAGAAUUUCCUAACGGGAGAGAGCGUAGGAGAUGUGGGAGGGAUGCGGGAUAGGGUGGUAUGAGGCUGAUGCCCCUUUUCGUUCUCUUCCUAUUUUCCUAUAAUUUUUGUUUCAUUAGGUUUUCAUCGUCCAUGUCAGUUACAAACCUUGAAUUUGAAGACAGCAAAAAAGUACAGUUUUGUUUUUCGAGAACUUUCUGUGGAACGUUUUAGUUGAUUUUAGGGCUUAAAGAGCGAAACUCCCACAAACCUCUGACAGUCAGGUCGGUCUGUCUUAGCUACUUUUUGUCAUCGAGGUAAAAACAAUUCAUUUAAGGAAUUUUUGUUGUCAUGUCGAGUUCAAAUUAGAAGAAGACACUUCAAAUUGGUCCGCAUAGUCCCAUUUGUCCAGUGAAGGUGAAAUUCUUUAGAGCAGCUGUCCACAGUGAAAACACAAUCAAUUAAAAAUGAAGCCGGCCGGAAGCUGAUAAUUACAAUUAAUUGUUGUCGAUACCGGUUGGAUACGUGGGCCUUGAAGAAUAUUAAUCUUAUUUGCAUGACCUGUCAACUUUGUCAUGUUAUUGGCAGAAGGGAGCUUUUAAUUUUGUCACUGUUUACCUUUCUCAAAAGCGCACGGGCAUCAUCAUCACUUCUGAACGCGCACUUCCUAGCAAAGUCGACAUGAAGUAAUUGCUUCUAAGAACUUCACAUUGUUAAAACUAAAUUGGCGGAAAGUAUUGCCGUUAAAAGGGCGGUGGGUAAAUCAGUGCGGCGUGAACCGGGCAUGAAUACUGCGCGUACAUUCUUGUUUUUCAUCUUGGUCGUCUUGCUUGACAGAAUAUUCACUUGUUGUGCAGAGCUUAAUUCAUCUUCAUCCAUAGAGAACUCCAUCUCUCCACAAACCAGAUCAAGUGGUAGUCUUUUAGUUAAAUCUGCGCUCUACUCAAAUUGUAUUCCGUCUACGGUCCAACCAAGUAUUAAAAUCAGUUUUACUUCGUCAAUUAAAAGAAGCAUUCACCUGGAAACUGACACAAAAUACAUGAGAAGUUCGUUGGUCAUGAUGACUUCUGUCGCAAGUCCAACUAAAAAACUGGUCGUCCACACCACCAAACCUGUGCGACAGCCUCCACCAGCACCACAGCUGACUUCAUUUGGGAUACUUUUAAUAACGUUUGGUGGUGUGUUAAUUGUAUGUAUGAUCAUCGCUUUAGUUUGGAUAUGCUGUGGGAGAGAACGCAGCCCUGAAGCGCCACAUCCUCAAGUGAAACUGAAACCCUGGAGUCAUAGCCCACCGGAGCAAAGUGUCAAUGAUACUGCUACCGAAGUAAGUGAUCUUCCAAACAGCUAUCAGAACCAGGGAUUAAAUAGUUCGAGUCCAGUUAGCCCUUCCACAAAAAAUACCAAUACCAGGAGAACAACAGAAGAUUUCAGGGAGUCACCGCUAAUUUAGGGAUACGACUGAACUCAUCUUUUGAGAUAAAAUAUUUCCUUCUGUACGUUUUAACAUCAUGAAGGCCUGGUUCCAAUCUAAAUGUAAGAUAACUGCGUCGAUGUAUGCGCCCACUUGGUGAUGAGAGCGAUUGUGAGAAUAGAACCGCAAUACAGACAUUAUGUAUAAGGAAUCUUUUCUGCGAUGUGUUGUUUAUGGAUAAAGAGGACAGAAAAAUUGAUGACUCACAAUAGUAGGCGACUGGACACACUCCUUUCACCGUUUGAUGAGGACAUAACUAGCUUGGACCUUGACCCUUUCUGUGAUUCCACGGUGAUAUCGUGGCACUCGCAGUGGCUGGUGGGAAACACUUCGGGCACAAGACACAAAUGUUUAUAAAUAACCGUGUUGUAUUUUUGUAUUGUUCCAUGCCAACGUUGAAAGUCAUAUGUGUCUGACACACGAAGGGGAAGCCUGGAAAUUAGAUCAAAUGGGUUCAUCUUUGUCAAUAGUCAAAUACAAAAGAAACCGCCAAGCAGUAAUGUAUAUGAUGCAAAUUACACAAAAUUCCUUAAGAGGAGUGUUCUUAUAGUUUAUGUUUGAAUAUGAUCAAGAGUUACUCUGGUUUUGACUUGAUUAACUAUCUUGAAUUUUAAACGCAAACCGGCUUUAUUAAACCACUGCCGCUAUCGACCAAACCUGUAAGCAUUAUCCAAAAGAAAGUAAAUCAAAAUAUAAAUAAAGGAGUGACUUCGACAACA